UUUAAUAUUAGAACUCAGGGAAUGACAAAGACAUUUGGAUGUGAUGAUGAAAGUGAAAGUUCACUUGAAGCUACAACCAAAAUGAAGAAAACUCCUGGAUCGGCACAUCUAGUUAUAGAAACAUUUGUUGAGAAAGAUGGAAAUCCAACAGAAAAUGAAUACGCUAAAUCUUCCAUUACCACUCUGAAAAAUACAUACCCACUGAAAUUAAUGAUUCCAGCUUAUGCCAGCAACAAUAAUUGUAUUUGGGUAUAUCCCAUUACAUUUGGAGGGGGAUUAGUCGGUGGUGACAAUAUUCAGAUGAAUUUUCAUGUGAAGAAACAGUGUGCAGCUCUCAUAACAGGACAAGAAUCUACCAAGGUGUACCAUUGUGAAGACGGCUUACAAACACAUCAAAUAACUUCAGGAGCAGUAGAUCAAGGGGGACUACUCUGUGUACUCUCUGACCCUGUUGUGUGCUAUAAAGAUUCAAACUUUAUCCAAACUCAGGAAUUUAGAAUGAACAGUGGAGGUAACCUAGUUUAUCUGGAUUGGUUGAUUGGAGGAAGAGUGGCUUUAGAUGAACUGUGGCAACUUAAAAGUUAUCAGAACAAGACAGAUGUGUAUAUAGACGAUAAACUGGUAUAUCGUGACAACUAUCUACUGUGUGAUACUGGACCUGUCUCUAUACAAAAUGCUGUAAAAUCCAUGCAGGUGAUAGGGUGCUGUAUUAUUCUCGGGGACAAGAUGAAAUCAGCUGCCUCAAAUUUAACUAGAAUAUUAGGGAAGAAGCAGUCUAUAGGAGAAAGAUACGACACAGAUUGUAUUUGUAGUGUGAGUCCCCUGAAGUACACAGUGAACGAGGCUGUUGUCACAGGUGUCUAUAUUAGAUUCAUGGCUAGCUCAUCUUCCAAGGCAUAUUCUAGUGUAGUGACUCACAUUGUAAUGGAGUUGGAACAUGAGAUUGGUGGAAAUCCAUUUUCAGACAAAUAUUAAACCGGGCAAUACAACAUGUUGAAACAGC